AUGAAGCUAGAUAUUAUUGUUCAAUUCCUUCAAGUACUCGUCGUCUCAUUAGGCGUGUUGGCGAAUUCCACCUAUGCCACACCUAUCAUAUCUCACAAUGAACGUGAAAAGAUGAUGAUAUCGAUCCCUUAUCCAAAAAUAUUUCAUGAAAAUUAUAGGCACGAUUUGGAUUUCCUGGCCAUAGGGGACUGGGGUCUUCCAGGUCCUGGAAAAGAUUCCGUUGCUGCCGCGAUGGAAACGUGGGCUAAAAAUAAUGAUACCUUGUUUGUCAUUAAUGUCGGUGACAAUUUCUAUCAGACAAACUCUUCGGAUUAUGAUGGAGUCUUAUCCGUCCAUGACCCAAGAUGGAAUUCUGUAUGGUUAGACGCAUAUCGUGGAAAAUUGGCGGAGAUUCCGUGGUAUACUGUCGCAGGAAACCAUGACUGGUAUACAAACGUCACGGCACAAGUGGACUACUACUGGACGGUCAAUCAAAGAUUUUUUUUCCCGUCAUUAUACUAUGUCCGCGUAUCAAAAUUUGGAAAAAUGAAUACCAAGGUCGCGUGGAUCCACAUUGACACGGACCCAUUUGCCUACAAUUAUUCUAGUCUCGAUAAUAGGAAUGAUAUGAAAGAGAAUCUCGGCAUCUUAAAAUUAAAUACUACAAAAGAAAUUCAAGAGAAGUUGGACUGGAUCGAAGAACAACUGAAGUGCGUUCAAGAUGCCAAGUGGAUUUUUGUUGUUGGUCAUCAUACACUUAUUGGCAAAUGCAGAGAUCAAUAUUACUUGUCCAAACUUCCACCACUCUUCGAAAGAUAUCGUGUGACGGCCUAUUUCGCCGGUCACUCGCACAUGUUAGAAGUCGAGUCCGUAAAUUCGACGUCCCCGGUGACAUACUUCACAACAGGUGCGGCUAGCAUACACGACUUGAAAGGAUGCAAGGGUGCCUCGUGGUCGGCGCCAGGCGGUACGAUGGGAUUCUUGCACGUAAGGAUUCGUGAUGACGAGGACAAAAUGAAUUUUGAGUUUAUAAACGCCACCACGGCUGGUUCUCCACCCGAGGUUAUUUAUAAGGGCAGUUUGAAGGUUAGAGAGCGGUGA